UCCACUCCAGCGAACAAGGCCGUAUGGGAUUUCUCGACUGGUCUUCCGAGUCGAGUUCGGCUCGUUUCCACCGCCAUGACCCAUGAGCUACAUAAGCAGGCCCCUGUUCCGUUCUAGGAGCACAGCCUGCGACGUUUUCUCGCACUCAAUCAAAUUACUCACCAGCGUCCAAGUUUGUUCGCUGGUGUACCCGCAGCUAGAGUAGACAUGGCCAUGGCCACCGCCGUGAACGAGCACGUCCUGCUCAGCCAUCCCGACAAGCUGGUCCUGCUCGCCGAGAUCCCGGCCACAGACUCGUGCGGCUCGUCCUCGUCGCAGCCCGACGUCACGUUCCGGCUGGUCGUCGAGCAAUGCAGCGACUACGGCGGCGGCCCCGCAGACGUCGACACGAUGGAGGACGUGUCCUGCCGCGUGCCGCUCCGCGCCCUGGGCCGCCGGGCCGCCGCCGACCGGGCGUUCGCAGGUCUCGUGGCCAGGCUCGACAACCCGAUGCUGCGCCCGGAGGUCACGACGGAGGCCAGGAGGGCGGCGGAGCGCGUCGGGGCGAGGCGCGGCGCGCUCGACGAGCUCGGCGGCAUGGAGUUCCGCCUCCGCGUGGUGUUCGUCGACGAUGACGCGUCCGAGGAGCAGGCAGCGUCGGACGACGACGACGACGACGAGAGCGGGAGCGACAUGGAGUUCGGGGAAUUCGACAUGAGCGGCGCGCGGAGCCUGCAUGGCCAGCGGGCCGUCGCCGCGUACGAGGAGGAGGACGACGACGAGGACGACUGCGGCGCCCAGUUCACGGUGCGCCAGUACCGCGGCGCCCGCGCGGGGGAGGGAGCGAACCUGCUGCUGUCGGGCUUUGAGGCUCGCUCGGACGGCCCCGAGCUGACCGAGCAGCACGAGCUGACGUCGCAUGACAUGCGCCGCCUCGUGCACUUGGCGCUGGAAGGGGGCGCGAGCAUGGAGGACGACGAGGCCUACCAGCGAGCGCUGGCCGGCGGCACGGCCGUGUCCCGGGCGUCGCGCGCCGCCAUGGUCGACCAGGCGCUGCAGUCCGCGAGCCAGCAGCAGCAGCGGUCCAAGUCACCGAACCCGAUCUUUCCGAUGCGUUCCGGAUUCUGAUGCCUGCCGGAUUGCAACAAACUUUUGAGUCAAUUACACUGAUGGUGCUACAACUUGGCGCAAACGAUCACUUUAGUGUUACAAGUUGUGGCAUACAUUAAAGUGGUGCAAAAACUUGGCUCAGAUGUACAAAUAUGGUUGCUUAUCACGUUUGUAUACGAAAUGUGCACUGACUAGACAUGUGGACCCUGUUGUCAGUGGCUAGACUAAGGAGAAAGAGCGUGUGGCCCGAUUUUCACAAAAUAAACCUCGAAACUUUGAUUUUGAAAAAAAGGUCCAUGUAGACGUGGCAUUCUUCACCUCAGUGACCAGUGGGUCCCGCCUGUUCAAAUAAAUGCCAAAAAAGUAGGUGCCGCCACGAUUCGAACCCAAAAACCACUCGCAACAUCAUAUACAGGCCAAACCACUCUGUCAUCCAUUUUCAACUGACCAUUGUGUAAUUCACAUGAUGAAGUACAAAAACUUUAUAAUUUUAUAUAAUACAAAUAUUUCAUAAACUACAACUAAAAUUAUUCUUUCAAUUAUACAGGCAUUUUAAUAAUUUUAUGCAUAUUUGUAUAGUUACAUGUUUGUAUAAUUAAAAAUAUUCAUAUUCUUACAUUUAAAUUUUUGAUUUGAAUAUUCAAUCAUGUAUAUUAUUUAAGUUAAUACAGCUACAC